UUUGACAAUUCAAUCUGCCGUUUUUUACCGAUGUUUUCGUUUGGUACGCACGUGUGGAAUAGAAACUUUUUGGAAAAUUUGUUCAAGUUUAAAUAAAGUAAUGGCAAUAAAUUAUCUAUAAUGACUGUACAACUAGAUAAACGCGGCUUGAUGUCGCUAAUGCGCACAGAGAAUGAACGCAUUAUGGAUAUGUUGCUGACCUACAACGUACCAGAUUCAAUAGAAGAUGUUCAAUAUGAUGAAUAUCUGCUCAAUAAUGACAAAUCUGCUGCAAAGGCCAAGCAUGCAUUGGGUGCCCGCAAAGCAACACCCAUCGAUGAGCUCCAGGAUCGUCUCAACAUAAUCAAAAACAAAAUGAAAGCUAAAAAACGUCCAGCGUCAGAACGUUCAAAAAAGAAGCGUGAAGCUAAGAAACUGAGAAAAAAUAAGGAAGUUAAGAAAAUAUUAGUUUCUGCAGCGAAAUCCAUCAAAAAUGAGCAACAGAAACUAUCUAAUGCGGGCAAUGAUGAAAAUGCGGAUAAAAAGGAUAUAAAGAAAUUAAUCCCAAAACCUGUCUUCAAUGAAGAAGGCAAAAUUGUUUUUUCCAAAUUUGACUUCGCAUCACAUCCAGGUGCUAAGGUGAAAAAGUCACAUCAGAACCCACGAGAGAUUUUGAAGAAAAUUAAGCAGACAGAUAAGAAAAUCAAUGAGUUAAAAGAAAAGGGCGAGGUCGAAAAGGCGGCAGAGAUCAAAAGCGAAAUUGCCUGGAAAAAAGCAUUUGAUAAGAUUGAGGGCAAAAAAGUAAAAGACGAUCCCAAAUUGCUGUACAAAGCCAUUAAAAAGCGGAAGACCGAGAAGAAGAAGUCCAAGAAGGAGUGGGUGGAGCGCAAGCAGAAGGUCGAGUCCGGCAUAGAGCAUAGGCAGAAGAAGCGACAAGAAAAUAUAAACAAGCGCAUUAAUGAUAAGAAGUCAACGAAACUGAAGAAGUUAUCCAAAAAAGGGCGGGUAAUACCUGGUUUUUAAUGGUUCUUAUUAAUGUAAUAAAAAAAAUUUAAAGAACAAGCAAUCUGACUUAAAAUGUA